UGAAUAAUUUGGGAGAAAAGUCUAAAACCAUUUGGGAAUCUUGAGAAGACCUGUUUCAUUGGAAAUUCGUUGAUCGCAUCAACUUAAAAAUUCAGUUCUUGUAAAUUUGUUUAUUAUUUUAUGUAUAAUAAAACUGUUUAAUAACAGUUGAGGGUGCUACAAGUUAAGAACAUUUUCGAACAGUUAAUAAUGUAGUACAUACAUGUGAUUUUCUGUUAAAAUUUUGAAAGCAAAUAUUUAGCAUUCUCUCUUAUGCAUUACUGUGAAAAUAAAUAUAAUACAUAAUUUAAAUAUAGAUAAAAAGUAUAUUAAUAAAUAUGAAAAGUCAUUCUGACUUAUUGUCAACUGAAAACGAAUUUAAUGAAUUCCUUAAAUAUUGCGAACGAGGAAGAGAAUGUACCAAAAUUUAUGUAGGUUACGUACUUUUUACUACAUGCUUCUAUGUAUUUAUGCCACUAGUACCAUGCUUACUUGACCUAAUACAGCCCCUUAAUGAAACUCGUGAAAGAGUUUUUAUUUAUGAACUUGAUUAUGGAUUUGAUAACAAUGAGGAUUACUUUUAUAUUAUACAACUUCACAUAUACAUAACCGCAUAUGUGAAAAUUUCUUCUGGAUUUAAUUUUGAUGUAUCAUUUUUACUAUUUACUCAACAUGCUUGUGGUUAUUUUGCUGCCUUGGGUCAGAAACUAGAGAAUUUAGACAAGAAAAUACCUAAAGAAAAGCAUAGUAUUGAAAAAGAAUAUGAUAUAGUUGAUCAAGAAAUCUCAAUAUGUGUGCAAAGACACUGCAGUGGUUUAGAAUUCCUCUGUGUAAUUGAAUCUCUGUUUGCAAUUUCCUUUUUAAUUCAAAUACUAAUCACUGUUAUCAUCAUAAGUCUUAUUGGAAUACUGGUUAUAAUGAACUUAGAUAAACCACACGAGGCUGUCAGAUUUGUACUAUUUGUUAUGGCUCAUUCGUUCAGUUUAUUUUAUGUUAGUUUAUCAUCGCAACGACUAACGGAUAAAAUUAGUUUACUUUUUAAAAAUGUAUAUUUCUGUCGAUGGUAUGAACUUCCAAUAAAAUCAAGAAAAAUGAUACUUCAAAUAUUAACGAAAACUAAUUACACCUACAAAAUUACCGCUCUUCAAGUUUAUCCUAUUGAAAUAGAAAGCUUUUCAGUGAUGAUUCGCGCGUCAAUGUCUUACUUUACAAUGCUUUCAUCGAUGAGAUGAAAUCUUAAUUAAAAUCUAUAUUAGAAUACAACUAAGAUGUGGUAAGUGCGACUGUACUAGAUAUAUGUAAUGUAAUACAAUCUUUAAAAAUUAAUAACUUAUUUAAUUAAUCACAGAUAAAUGUUUUUGAAGUAAGGAAAGCAGUUUCUUACACAUCAAAUUAUUUGAUUUUGUAUAAAAUCUUUCAGGACAUUUUUCUGAAUUAUGUACUAGAUUAUAAAAUUUUUUUUACAAGUAAUUUAUUUUUAAAUUUUACAUUAGAAUUAUUAUUUUGCAAUUAGACAUAUAAUUAACUCGGUUAUAAAUUGUAUGCAAUGUAUUUUACAAAAACUGUAAUUAAACACUUGUAUAAAAUAAUAAUUGUUAUAAUAACUGUAAUUCCGACAAUUUAUACAGUGUUAUAAAUUGAAUUUUGUUAAGUAAUAUUUUAAUUUUUAUUGAAAUAAAAAAAAAUACAUAUUUAUAAAAGUUAGUACUUUAUUUAAACUAGAGAAGUUGAUAUGCUAAUUAUUGAUUGGCGUAUACUAUCAGAAAUUGUAAACUCUUCUGUCUUCUAAAUCCAUGAUUGCGUCCAAAUAUUUUUAAUGUUGCU